AUGAAUUUAUCAAGUUGUGAAUAUAGCAGUGGGUGUGAAUCUGGAUGGACCAUGUAUUUAGAUCAACUUUCCAACUCAAUCGAUCAUCACAAUUACAAUCAUCAAUACCAAGAUAAUAAAAACGGAGAAUUUGCGAAUCAAGAACACGAUGAUGAUGAUGAUGAUGAUGAUGAAGAUAUGUCGAUGAUUUCGGAUGCAUCAUCUGGGCCUCCUCAUUUUCACCAUAACGAUGCUUCUGCUUCUGCUUCUGCUUCUGCUGAUGCUGCUACUUCUGCUUAUUCUCAGUAUUACGGCUAUUAUACGCCUUCUAUUUAUGAGGAUACAAACAAUACUAACAAGAGCAACACAAAAGAGACAAUUUCUAGGUCCAAAAAACACCAGAGUUUGUGCCUUGAUGACACUGCCAGCUCCCCAAUUUACGAUUUUUCCCAGGACAAUGUGGCUCCUUCUCAUGACUACUCACAAGUGGUGAAUAUUCCAGGACAAAAAAGCAUUUUGGUUUCUUCAAAUCCUCCACAAAAGGAAAAGGAAAAUCUGUUUCCUGGGAAGAAAGAGGCAAUAAUUAAGAAACUUCCAUUUUCUUGUUUAUUUUGCUGCAAUUGUUUAAGAGAUGGAGGACUUCAGGAGCAAAAGUGA